AUAAAACCCCUAACCUAUAUUACAAUCAUAACAACCAUAAUAUCAGGAACCAUAAUCGUCUUAAUAAGUUCCCACUGACUAAUAAUUUGAAUUGGAUUCGAAAUGAAUAUACUAGCUUUCAUUCCUAUCCUAAUAAAAAAUUUCAACCCACGAACCAUGGAAGCAUCCACAAAGUACUUCCUGACCCAGGCCACUGCAUCAAUACUAUUAAUAUUAGGCAUUACCAUUAACUUGAUACUCUCAGGACAAUGAACAGUACUAAAACCUUCUAAUCUAACAUCAUCAAGCCUUAUAACCAUCGCUUUGGCAAUAAAACUCGGAAUAUCCCCAUUCCACUUCUGAGUACCUGAAGUCACUCAAGGAACCUCACUACCCUCAGGCAUAAUUUUACUCACAUGACAAAAAAUCGCACCCCUAUCAAUCCUCUACCAAAUCGCACCAUCCAUUAACUCCGGACUGCUAGCCACCAUAGCAAUCGCAUCAGUACUAGUUGGAGGCUGAGGAGGACUAAACCAAACCCAACUUCGAAAAAUUCUAGCCUAUUCAUCAAUUACCCACAUAGGAUGAAUGGCCAUCAUCAUAAUAUACAACCCUACCCUAACACUCCUAAACCUAGCAAUCUACAUCACUAUAACACUCGGAACAUUUAUACUAUUUAUCCACAACUCAUCCACAACAACUCUAUCCCUAUCCCACACAUGAAACAAACUACCUCUCAUGACAUCCAUAAUCUUAAUACUAAUAUUAUCACUCGGAGGUCUUCCCCCUCUCUCAGGAUUCGUACCCAAAUGAAUAAUCAUUCAGGAAUUAACAAAAAAUGACAUAAUUAUUCUACCAAUGUUCAUAGCCAUAUCCGCACUGCUGAACUUACACUUCUACAUACGCUUAUCUUACACUACAACACUAACAAUAUUCCCAUCAACUAACAACAUAAAAAUAAAAUGACAAUUCGAAAGCAUAAAAAAGACGGUCCUCCUGCCUCCACUGAUUAUUCUCUCUACCAUACUACUCCCCGUAACUCCAAUAAUAAUCAUCUUAGACUAG